GUCACAGGUAACUAUUAUCUGGUCUUCUGUCUGGGUAUGAACCUCAGAGAACGCGACAGAAUUGUAAAAGCAGAUUAGGGCAAUUCAGUUCCUAAAACAAGGGUGACACUGGCGACUUGCUGAUCAGUAAAUAGUGCCAACCGCGAGGCGGUAGGUAGAAGACCGCCACUGAUAACGUGCGUACGAGUACAGAGAGAGAGAGAGAAGGAGGAAGUGUGCCGUAGUGAAAAGCAUGGAGUUGAGGACAACUCGGCCAGCUAGUAACUGCAGGUGCCUGAGACAGUCCUAGACAAGCGAAUUCACAAAGGCGGGGUGAAGUAAUCGGAAUGUCUGGGGGACAUUACUCAUGUGCCUUCGCACCGUAACGGUGCCACCGUGUAUGUUUCACAGUGCGUUUUUAAAAAGAGGUGUUGGAUACAGACAGGUAGGAUUGUUUUCGUCUACCGUUGCAGUUUAGAUUCACCGUCGGUGUUUCAACAAUCAUGGAUACUCCGAGGGAUAAAGUGAAGAAACAAGCUAUUAAAUCAAAAUCAACGAAACGUAAAGACAAGAAAUACAAAUCAGGAAAGGUCUUCAGACGAAAAUCUUUGAAAUCACUUGGGAAUUUUAUGAACCGUAUUUUGAAAACUUUGGGCACUUUAGCACACUUUGGAGACGUCGAUCCAGCAGACGCCGAGGAUGAUGAUGGUGGGUUUCGAGACAGUGUGGCGUGCACUUUGAGCGCGAACUCAGGGAAUUUUAAAGAGGAUUUUCAGGGCGCAAGGGGGAAUACUUUGAAAAAGAGCUCUACGUUGUCUUCCCAUGGAUCCGUGAAAGACAGAUUGUCGUGGUGCUAUGGCGACAAAACUCCUGGCGUCUUAGGUUUGAAAAAUCAUGGCAACACUUGUUUCAUGAACGCUGUGGUUCAGUGCCUGAGCAACACUGAUCUCUUGGCGGAAUAUCUUGGUUUGGAACAAUACAAAUCGGAUUUAUGUCAAAGGAGAGUCAAUGGAAUAGUAAAAAACGAGGAGCUUGUUUCCGUCAGAGGUGAGGUGACGGAGCAACUGGCGGCUUUGGUGCGAGCGCUUUGGACACUGGAAUACACGCCACAGCUGUCAGUCGAAUUCAAGAGCAUUGUGUCCAAGUAUGGCACGCAGUUCCGGGGGAACUCCCAGCACGACGCCCUGGAGUUUCUGCUCUGGCUCCUGGACCGUGUGCACGAGGAUGCCAACCCCACCCACAACAACAACAGCAAGACCAAAGCUUCCGCUGUGGUUCAGGCGGGAGCAGAGACCAUUCAGACCACUGGUCCAGUGAACACGCACCCGCCAGGGACACGCUCCAGCUUUGUCCAGGAGCACUUCCAGGCCCAGUACAGGUCCUCUCUGACGUGUCCACAUUGCCUUAAACAGAGUAACACAUUUGACCCCUUCCUGUGCAUCUCCCUGCCCAUCCCACUGCGCCAGACCAGACCUCUGAAUGUCACGCUGGUCUUCAACACCAAGGGUCAGCGGUACCUGCGGGUGGGGCUGGCCGUGCCUCUCUUUGGAUCCAUAUCUGCACUGCGCACCAUGGUGGCCGAGGAGGGCAAGAUAUCCCCAGACCAGGUUAUUCUGACAGAGAUCUACCCGACGGGGUUCCAGCGCUCCUUCUCCGACGAUGACGACCUGACCAGCAUCGCCGACAGCGACGUCAUCUACGCCUUCCAGGCCCCGCCCCUCUACAGCAGGGGAGGCUCGGCACGAAUCUCAGGGUACCACCACAGCCUGCCCUCCUCCCCAUACACCUCUGGCCCUGAGGGUCAGCGGCUGCAUCCCUCGGGCACCUUGUCCUCCGAGUUCCUGAACCAGGGUGGCACCAGCAAGCUCCUCCUGCUCAUCUGCAACACUGCGGGCUCGGGCCAGCAGGCAGUGAGGUUUGGACCCCCCUUUCUCAUGCGUGAAGAGAGGACCCUCUCUUGGGACCAGUUCCAGCAGAGCAUCCUUAGCAAGCUCUACUACCUGAUGCUUAAUAGCGCGCAAGCACAGAACGGAGGUGUGAUGUUCAAGAUACGUGUGGUUGGCGGAUCCACGUCCUACUGCUACUUAUCCCCCCAGGACAGCCGGCCGCUUUGCCACCCAGCAGUGGACAGGGCCCUGAAGCUGUGUGCGUCUGGAGGUCCAGCCCAUGUGAAGCUCAUCAUUGAGUGGGAGCACAAGGUCAAGGAAUGUCUGUUUGGGAACAUCCAGGAGGAGGUGGUGAAGGACAUGGAGAGCGUGAGGGUCCAGCAGCAGCAGCACCUCCAGCAGCACAGCUGCACGCUGGACGAGUGCUUUCAGCUCUACACCAAAGAGGAGCAGCUGGCGCCGGACGACGCCUGGAAGUGUCCCCACUGCAAGCAGCUGCAGCAGGGCAUGGUGAAGAUGAGUCUGUGGACGCUGCCGGACAUCCUCAUCCUGCACCUCAAGCGCUUCCGGCAGGUGGGCGAGCGGCGCAACAAGCUCUCCACGCUGGUGCGCUUCCCCCUGACCGGCCUGGACAUGGCGCCGCACGUGGUCAAGCGCAGCCAGAGCAUGCGCAACCUGGGGCCCUGGCCAGCCGCCUGGAAGCAGCCCGAGGCCACGCUGCCCCACGACUUCCUGUACGACCUCUACGCCGUCUGCAACCACCAUGGGGGCAUGCACGGCGGCCACUACACCGCGUACUGUCGUAACUCGGUGGACGGUCAGUGGUACAGCUAUGAUGACAGCAGUGUGGACCUGGUGCCAGAGGAGGAGCUGUGUACCCGCGGUGCCUACAUCCUCUUCUACCAGAGGCGCGACGCCAUCCCGCCAUGGUCUGCCAGCAGCUCCGUCAGGGGUUCCACCAGCUCCUCCAUGUCUGACCACUGGCUCAUCCGCCUGGCCGGGGACAGUAAGCGCGGCAGCGUUGUGUCCCGCAGCUCCACCACCUGUCCGUCAUCCAUCCCCGACUCGCCCGAGUCACCGGUCUUCCAAGACGAGUCCUCCAAACCCGGGAGAGGUGGAUUUGAGACCAGGCCCUUUGUGCGGGGUAUCCAGGGCCGCAGCGUGAGCAUGCGGACGCCCACCAAGGCCAGGGACACCCUGAGCAAGGUCCUGCCGCUGCGCUGGUCCUUCGGCUCCAAGAGCCGCCACAAGCCGGCCCCCGGCCCCGAGCCGGCCGCCCAGGCUCCCGCGGAGCUGGUGGAGUACCUGGAGUCGGGCCGGCGGCCGCGCUGCACCAAGGACCCCAUCGUCACGCUGGUGGGCAGCCCGUCCGGCAGGGACGGCCCCCAGGGCCAGCUGCCCCCUGCCACCUCCAGCUCCUCCAGCCUCAGCUGCGUGGGCCGGACCCCCGACGAGCAGGCCGGCCACGCUAAGGCCACUGAGGGUCAGCAAAGGCUGAGCGCCGACAAGACGGGCAGCCUGAGGCGCAGCAGCAGCGAGAGGCCCACCAAGCAGCAGCAGCAGCAGCAGCAGCGAGAGGACGGGACCCUCGGCCGGAGGAGCACCCGGAAGGGCAAGCAGGAGCAGAGGAGGACCCACGAGCUGCAGUCCAGGAGCGGCUCCAGCCCGAGCGCACACGCCAGCUUUGACGCCGGCCAGCAGAGAGGCAAGGGGGACGCGGCCGAGGAGCUGACCCCGCCGGAGGGCGACAAGGCGGGUAGGAGGGGAGAGGAGUCCAGGGCGCAUGACGGCCUGCUGUCUUUCCUCAAGGGCGGCUUCCUCAAAAAGGACUCCAUGCGCCGGUCCCGGGACAGCGACUGGGGGAGGGCCAGCGAGGCCAGCAGCAGGAGCCUGUCCAAGCUCUCCCUGUCCAACGGGGGCCCCGGCGGCGCGGCGGACGGCAAGGCCAGCGGCUCCGGCCGGGGUCGGCACGGCGACGAGCUGACCAACGGUAAGGUGGUGCGCGGCAGCAUGCCGGACAUCAAGCGCUCGCAGAGCUCCUGCAACAUCCAGAACAAGGCCGACCCGUCUCUGCGCCGGACCGCCUCCCUGCACCGCAACGGCCUCUCGGCACCUCCGCCACCGCGCAGCCUCACCACGGACAAGGCCUCGUGCGGGACGCUGCAGAGGAGCCGCUACAGCAGCGCCUCCCUGGGGAGGAAGAGGACGGUUCCCGAGUCCAGCUUCUGAGGCGGACGCACACUGACCCGCUCAAAGCAAUACACCAGGACACAUGCCAUGCUGGACACACACACGCUGCUGUGCCCUUUGGGGAGGAGGGAGUAUGCAGAGCUGCAGAGAGGAAGAGCAGUUUGCAUACGAGAACAAGAGAGUCGGGUGCUACCCAAUGUCUUUAAUGUUUUCUUGUUUAAUACCAUUACAGUUCAUGACCAUAAUAUCGUUUCUUGUUUAAUACCAUACAGUUCAAGUGCCUCUGUAACAUAUGAAGAGCGAGGAGCUGGAAGGCCAGUAGUGGACGCACAUCUUCCUGUUCACACAAACACUGACCCACACUGGAGUUAUGUGCUUAAACUUGUGAAUUUCGACCUAUAGAUCCAUGUCCUGAGAAUGCACUCAUAAAUGAAAUAACAAUAUAUUGGUAUGAUUUUGUGUGAUACCAAAAAAAAACUGAUGUUUGUUUUUUCACUUACUUUGUAUACACAUGUUUAUUUGUAAACAUAUGUUUGAAGGUCUAUUUAGCUAUGGCAAAGAGAGGGACCAUCUGUGACUAUACAAUAUAACCGCUGCUAGCUUUUUUUUAAAGAUUUAACAAUAGAGAUUAUAUUGUUGCACUUUUAACAAAGUUGAGAGCACCAGUUAUUUUAAUUUGGUCUACAUUGUGCAAGAUGUCAAAAAUAACUGUUUUUGCACAAAACAAUCUUUGCAGAAAAAAACAUAUUCCAGAACAGAUCAAUUAAUAUAUAAACAUAUAAAUGAUUAAGAGUUUACAUUAAUGUACAAUAUAAUAUCUGAUUAUAUAAUGCUUAAAGUUAUAGACACUCGAUAAAUGCUCAUUGUUUUUGAAAUGUAGUGUGCGGGGUGUCAUUGUUAACUGAUUCAUCUCUAACUUGUUGAAUCAGAGGGUUUCAUAUUUACCUGAACUGCUGCAUUUCUCCACUUACGUUGUGUUUAUUUGCUGAUUACCGCAUCAAACACUCCCGCAAAAGACACUCACUAUUCUGUGACUAUUCCCGCAAAUUAAUAGUUUUACACUGGACUGUAUUUGGGUUAGAUGGGUUAGAUUUCCAAAUGUUGAAUGUUUCCAAGCAUGAAGUAAUAAUAUAACAUUCAGCAUAGCAUUGUGUUAAAUUAAUAGUAUGAUUAACCCCCUUACCACAGUAUCAGUCUAUAAAAGGAAUUAUGGUUAAAGCUCAACUGUGUUCAGAUGAGAGUAUCUCCAAUACAAGAGAUUAUUUAGAAGACAUGAAGGUUUUAAAUUGUGUUGGUAAAAUAGCAUGACUUAACCAGGCAGUAUCACUCUUGAGUGAGUGUGUAAUGAUUUUGGAUGUAAUUGGAUUAAAAAUUGUAUCACAAACUUCCAAAACAUAUAAGAUAAUCAUCUGCAUUUUGGGCAAGUGUAUAAAACAUCUCAUCAUAAUAUUCCUUAAAAAUCUCCUGGAUCUUAAAUAAUAGUAAAGAAAUGUUUCAUAAUGCACCAGAGUGACCGUAGCAUAGAGUGAUCUAUGCUACGUGCUAUAUGCUAUGUCCUAUGCUAUGCGCUGUGUGUUUUCUGUUUGUUUGUCAUUUGCCAAAUGAAGUACACCACUAGGGGCAGACUUAGCUGGUUCUCAAUGAAGGAGCAAUAAAGAUUGAAGUAUCAGAUUCCUCAUAAGUGCUUUUCAAAUACUACUGCAGUACUAUGAAUGUGUUAAUAACUAAAAACAAAACACAGAGCAAAUAGUUAUGUGUAGGUGUCUCACAAUAACAGAAAGGUAUAGAUUGAAGUGGGUUUGUGGCAUGGCAUGUCAUAACUUUUCACUUUUUUUUUCACUUUUCACUUUGUAUUAAUACCUCCCAAUGCGUCAUGACAGUGUCACUGUGUACACCAAAGCAGAAACCAAUGUCAAUGAGUCAAAGUUCUCUGCCUGUCAACCCGACACUAUUGUUAUCAUCACAAUAAUAAUGCCUUGCACAUCACUGGUUUUGAGUAAAGCUUUUUUCCCGUGUCACGCUACAAUUGUGAAUAAGCUGAUGCCGCCUCUACCACAGAGUCUAAAAGAUCAGAAGGCAGACUGCCAGGAAGAUGUCACCAUACCAAUAGAUGAGGAAAAGAUGACAGAAGUUAUUCAGAAUUGCCUUGUGAAUUAGUAGUAGAACAGAUUUCUAAUGUAUGUCACCUACUGUAAAUGGCUUCUCACACUAUCAUUUGGGUUGUUUUGUGAGCACAGACCCUUUUGCAGUGUGCAGCUUCACAUUCUAUCUCAAUAUAAGCUCACCAACAUACCACACCACCUUUAAAGAAAGUACAAAUGUGUAUGUCCUUAUGGAGCAGGAGCAGUACAACAGCUCCAAAGUCUAGCUGUUUGACUCCAGAAUGGGAGAGUAUUGUGUGAGGUGACAUAGCUGUUGUUUAUUUAUUUUUUUGCAAAUAAGCAUUUUAGUUUACCAUUUCUCUCAUUGUCUACUGAAACUACUGCACUUGUGAGAUAACAAACACCCAAAAGAGCCCUAGCGUUGGAAAAACAAAGUCGAAGAAUGAAGGAUUUAGGCAUAGUUUCUUGUGUCUGUAAUGUUUCAUAUGCAACUUUUGUAAGGUUUUUAUAAUGGCAUUGUAGAUCCACAAAGGGACGUUUCAUGGGCCUGGCCAUGUAGCCUUGUUUAAAGGGGAGAGACGAUUACGCACAAGUGUACAUGAUGUGCUACUGCUACAGCUUUGAUUUCUAUUUGCCUAUGAAGUCUGCUAUAUGUAAUAUUUUAUUUUUUAAUACUGCAAAAUAAAACACACUCUUUAUCACA